CGAUCUGUGGGCGGUGCGACGCUGGGUGCGCGACUGUGGCUAGGCGCUGGUGGUCAUGGCGACUCGCCGAGCACUGCACUUCGUGUUUAAAGUGGGAAACCGUUUCCAGACGGCGCGUUUUUAUCGUGAUGUCCUAGGGAUGCAGAUUCUGCGGCACGAGGAAUUUGAAGAAGGCUGCAAAGCUGCCUGUAACGGGCCUUAUGAUGGAAAAUGGAGCAAAACAAUGGUGGGGUUUGGACCUGAGGAUGAUCAUUUUGUUGCAGAACUGACUUACAAUUAUGGCAUCGGAGACUACAAGCUUGGCAAUGACUUUAUGGGUGUCACACUGGCUUCCAGCCAGGCCAUCAGCAAUGCCAGGAAGCUGGAGUGGCCACUCAGGGAAGUUGCAGAAGGAGUUUUUGAAACUGAGGCCCCAGGAGGAUAUAAGUUCUAUCUGCAGAAUCGAAGUCCACCUCAGUCAGACCCUGUGUUGAAAGUAACUCUAGCAGUGUCUGAUCUUCAGAAGUCCUUGAACUACUGGUCUAAUCUACUGGGAAUGAAAAUUUAUGAGAAGGAGGAAGAGAAGCAAAGGGCUUUGCUGGGCUAUGGUGAUAACCAGUGUAAGCUGGAGCUACAGGGCAUCAACGGUGCAGUUGAUCAUGCAGCAGCUUUUGGAAGAAUUGCCUUUUCUUGCCCCCAGAAAGAGUUGCCUGAUUUGGAAGGCCUGAUGAAAAGGGAGAAGCAGAAGAUUCUGACUCCCCUGGUAAGCCUGGAUACCCCAGGGAAAGCAACAGUACAAGUGGUCAUUCUGGCCGACCCUGAUGGACAUGAAAUUUGCUUUGUGGGGGAUGAAGCAUUUCGAGAACUUUCUAAGAUGGACCCAAAGGGAAGCAAAUUGUUGGAUGACGCAAUGGCAGCAGAUAAAAGCGAUGAAUGGUUUGCUAAACAAAAUAAACCGAAGGCUUCCGGCUGACAGAAGACAUCCUCGGAAGAAGCGUUCGUGAUUCCUUCCCAGCACCUGGGGCUCUGAUGUGUCCAUUCCUGAUAAAUACUCUCCCCGCUGGGUUGUUCCCUGUAUAGGCAAGGAAGCUGGGGUGGGGAAGAUAUGUGUGUUAAUCUUUGAAGGGUCUGAUGUGUUUUAGGUAUAAAAUCCUUUUAUUGUUAAUCCAGUUAGAGGAGAACUCCUGCCAUAACCUGCACCGCCACUGGAGUGGCACAAUCUGUGUGUAACUGUAUUAGAUUAGUAAUAAAUUAUUUUCCAGCCUGGGGCAGCUACAUGGGAUAUUACCUUUGGUUGGGAUGAAAGGAAUUUGAUAAGCAUGUGCAUUUUAUGAGAACACCUGCUCAAAUAAAUCUAAGCCAGUUGCUUGUAAAGGAGUACUUCAGCAUCCGAUGAUAGUGUGUUGUUCCAGUGUCUCACCCCGGCAGGCCUUGGCAUUCAAACAUGUUUUAAACGUUUUGUUCCUUGAACCACAAGAUUUGCUUAACACCCCCACAUUCCUUGCUUUAAAACUUUUGAGUAGCCAGAGAAGAUAGAAAGGUCUACUGUGCUGUGUCACUGCAUGCCUGGCUCUGCGCUGGUCUCCUUACAUGAUUUUUAAAAAUAUUCCUAAGAAGAAAUCAUGGUAAAUUUCUUAAAAAUGGAUCGGGUGAUUUAUUUAGCCUAAAAAAAUUGUUUUAAUGUUUUCCUGUAAUCUUCUGUUUGGUUCUAAAGAACAGAUAAAUUUUAAUCACUGGAAACAUAAUUAUAUUGGGCAUAUUUAUUAUUAAAUGUUUUUUGAAGAUAUACUUCUGAAAUCAAGCUGUUAAUACUAACCUGUAGAGUCAUUAUCUAAAGUGGUGGGCAGGUUCAAAUUUCAGGAAAGAAAUUGAUGAGAUUGGAAGGGUUUGACCCAGAGGACACCAGUCCCAGAAUAACGUAUAUCAAAUUACUUGUAAAUCGUAGCCUCUGCUCUUCUCCCUUGCUGGCAAGGUUGGGUAUGGAAAUUUCAGCUUACCUGCCUAUAGGGUGAUUUUAUCUUUCACUGAGAGAAAAAAAUCCAUUUCUUGCUUCACAGGACUUUUAAUUCAACUUAAAUUCUCUAUCUUAAGGAAGCAAUCAUGGGUUUAAAAGCAAACCGAGUUAUACAUGUUCUUGCUCUAGGCAGGUGGCUCACUUUUCUUCCCUGUACAUGGGGAAAUUAUUGUAUGGAUUUUGAAUAAUCAAAUAAACUUGUGUCUCUUUAGACGAUGA